CGGGACGGCCACACCCUGCGCGUCGCGCGGGCUCGGGUGCGGUCUCCGCUGCUGCGCCCUGCGCGCCGCAGCCGCACACUGGACGGCGCCCCAAACCCUGCUGCGCCGCGCGUCCCGCCCAGCCUGGCCUCGCGCUGGUCCCAGUCGCGCCCCGCAGCCCUCGAUCUCCCUUGACUUCCUCGGCCAGGCCGCCCGCGCCUCUGGGACCAUGUUGCGCUGGCUGCGGGGCUUCGUGCUGCCCACCGCGGCCUGCCAGGAAGCGGAGCCACCGACGCGCUACGAGACUCUCUUCCAGGCGCUGGACCGCAAUGGGGACGGAGUGGUGGACAUCGGCGAGCUGCAGGAGGGUCUCAGGAACCUGGGCAUCCCCCUGGGCCAGGACGCCGAGGAGAAAAUUUUUACUACUGGAGAUGUCAACAAAGAUGGGAAGCUGGAUUUUGAAGAAUUUAUGAAGUACCUUAAAGACCAUGAGAAGAAAAUGAAGUUGGCAUUUAAGAGUUUAGACAAAAAUAAUGAUGGAAAAAUUGAGGCUUCAGAAAUUGUCCAGUCUCUCCAGACACUGGGUCUGACUAUUUCUGAACAACAAGCAGAGUUGAUUCUUCAAAGCAUUGAUGCUGAUGGGACAAUGACAGUGGACUGGAAUGAAUGGAGAGACUACUUCUUAUUUAAUCCUGUUACAGACAUUGAGGAAAUUAUCCGUUUCUGGAAACAUUCUACAGGAAUUGACAUAGGGGAUAGCUUAACUAUUCCAGAUGAAUUCACAGAAGAUGAAAAAAAAUCCGGACAAUGGUGGAGGCAGCUUUUGGCAGGAGGCAUUGCUGGUGCCGUCUCUCGAACAAGCACUGCCCCUUUGGACCGUCUGAAAAUCAUGAUGCAGGUUCAUGGUUCAAAAUCAGACAAAAUGAACAUAUUUGGUGGCUUUCGACAGAUGGUAAAAGAGGGAGGGAUCCGCUCCCUUUGGAGGGGAAAUGGUACAAACGUCAUCAAAAUUGCUCCUGAGACAGCUGUUAAGUUCUGGGCAUAUGAACAGUACAAGAAGUUACUUACUGAAGAAGGACAAAAGAUUGGAACAUUUGAGAGAUUUAUUUCUGGUUCCAUGGCUGGAGCAACUGCACAGACUUUUAUAUAUCCCAUGGAGGUUAUGAAAACCAGGCUGGCUGUAGGCAAAACUGGGCAAUACUCUGGAAUAUAUGAUUGUGCCAAGAAGAUUUUGAAACAUGAAGGCUUGGGAGCUUUUUACAAAGGUUAUGUUCCCAAUUUAUUAGGUAUCAUACCUUAUGCAGGCAUAGAUCUUGCUGUGUAUGAGCUCUUGAAGUCCUAUUGGCUGGAUAAUUUUGCAAAAGACUCUGUAAACCCUGGAGUCAUGGUGUUGCUGGGAUGUGGUGCCUUAUCCAGCACCUGUGGUCAGCUGGCCAGCUACCCAUUGGCUUUGGUGAGAACUCGCAUGCAGGCUCAAGCUAUGUUAGAAGGCUCCCCACAGCUGAACAUGGUUGGCCUCUUUCGACGCAUCAUUUCCAAAGAAGGAAUACCAGGACUUUACAGAGGCAUCACCCCAAACUUCAUGAAGGUGCUCCCUGCUGUAGGCAUCAGUUAUGUGGUUUAUGAAAAUAUGAAGCAAACUUUAGGAGUAACCCAGAAAUGAUGUUGCAUUUUUUGCUUUAGGGUGAUAAUUGGAACUUUCAACAAUCCCUGGAGUGACUUUUUCUCCUCGAAUUGAAACAAGUCUAUGGCAAAAGCAGCUGCAUUUUUUUCACAAUAGGGAAGACGAUAACAGUGGUCACUUCAAACUUCCGGGCUCAAUUAUAUGUGCACAGAAAUGUUAAAAAUCAUAGUUUCAAUGUGUUUUGAAAAGGCCACACAAUUAUACUUUGUCUUUUCUUAAUAAUCCUGCAAAUCUCUGCCCUGAAUCCGAAAUCUGAAAAUGUACUUGCUUGAACAAAAUUUGUUUUGUGUGGUAGAGUUAUAAAUCAUUAAUCUUUAUUUUGGGUGGUUCAUGUUUAUGCCAGUUCCUUUAUACUUAAAUGUCUUGUUUUAUAUAUUUUGAAUGUCUUUAUAGAUUUCUUUAAAUUUUCUUGUAGAAGAACCAUUAAUAGAAAAUCAUUACAUUUAAAAUAUGCCUUACAGCAAAAGCAUCCAAAGAAGUGUAGGGUUUAUGUCCUUAUUUUUCUCUCAGGUGAAUAGGAGUGAACACAGUGGUAGAAUUUCUAAAGAGAAGUGAUGAAAUUAUAUUUAGUUCAGUGGGCACUUUUCCAUUUUACAUGUACCAUUAUUUGGUUCCUGGAGUUAUACACUAAUUUUCAGUGUAUUACUGUUAAAUUAUCAACACAAGACAACUUAUUUGAAAGAUUCUGUUUAUUCUGCCAUUGCUUUGAAAAGCAGCAAGAAAUGAAAUCCUUUGACUUGUAUCAGCUUCUGAAGAGCAUCUUUGUUUUCCUUUGUCCUUUGUUUCCUACAUUUUGAAUCAGAUUCCAUUUUAGUCAGGAAGACUUCUUGGGACCAUUCUUAGUAACCUGAAAUUUCUUUUUUAAUUGCAUGAAGUGGGUUGAUCGUGAGCAAAUGACAUGCUUAUUUCUCCCUCACUGUUGAAUAUCGUUGAACUUGCUGUUCUCAAUUUGGGCAACACAAAGGUGAGAGAUACAUAUUAAUAGUAGUAUGUGUUACUCUUAUACAUUAGAUACCUGUAUUUAAAUGAAAGGCCCAAUUUGUAAACAUAUGCAUUCAUAUUUUCUCUUGCCCCAAGUUUUAGGAACAUGUUAUGAUAUAGGAGACUUAAAUUAUAAUAAUGAGAGCAUUUUUUUUUAUUUUACUAAAACCAUUUUUGUAGUCAACUAUCUUUUCUUAUUUAUGUGAUUAGAACAUAGAAAAAUAUUUACUAGUUGAAGUUAUUAUCAGUUUUUAAUUUAGUUCUUAAACUCAUUUGACUUCUAAUAAUUUGUUCUAAAUUGCCAGCAUUUUAAUGAAAAUCUAAUGAUGUAAUAAGCAUUUUCUUUAUUUGAACCUACCUCUUUUAUUUUCUGAACCAAAGAGAAAGAUGGACUGGUGUUUGUGAAACAUUUUUAAAAAUGUAAUUUCAUUUAUAUUAGUUAUGUUUGAUAAAUAUCUUAGUAUUUUUAUAAUAUGAUAAGCCUGGGAUUCUACUUUAAGGGUUAUUUGUACUUUUGAGUAAUAUAUAAAGUGACAAUAUUAAGGUACAUGAUCAGCUCUUUCUAAUUUUACUCAUAAAAAUUAUGGAAAUGAAUAAUUUUGCUAACUUUUGAAAUUUCAAACUUCUGGAAAAUAUGAAAAUAUUCAUUGUUCAUUAUGAAUUUAAAUUGUUCCCUAUUUAACAUUUGUAAGGUAUGAAUGUGAUUUGUCUGUACAUCUUGUAUCUUUUCCAAAAAAUGAUUCUGUAUCUUUUGGAUAAAAGCCGAGAGUUGAAGAUAGUAUAUUUCUGGCAGUACUGAAUAUUUACUUACAGUUUCUAUCAAAAAUAUAUAUUUGUUUCUAAAAUUACUUGUUUUCCAGUUUUUAUUUUUUUAGAGAAAAUUCUUAAGUCUCAGUUUCCUAAUCAAAAAAAAAAAAAAAUUAUAAAUAAAGCAAAAAGUGUGUCCUA